ACGUUGCUAUGACAACACAUAAAUCAACAUGCAGCUUCAGGUGGGAUCAACGAGUCGAAUUGUGUUGCUUAGAGAUGCAAAAAUAGCGGAGAAAAAAAGCUGUUCAAGUGUGGAGUUCAGACGAUAGAGAGAGUUAACACUCGUUUUGACUAAUUUCUCAAGGAACUCGGAUAUUUUGUGACACAUAACGACUUGGGAAAGAACUAGCACGAGAGAAGAGGAUACUGAAAUUAGUGUUGGACCAAAUUCCUCGUUAAGAAGCUUUCAAAACAGAAAAGCUUUGGCGAACUGUUGAGGAAUAAGAUAUUUUGUCUUUUGUUGUGGAACGUUUGUUCGGGUGCCUGUUGCUACCCGGAGGAGAGGAGUUAUUAAGGGCACAAACACAGGCUGCUAGUGUGCUUUAUAAACUAAUAAUUUAAAAAAGAUAAAGCUUGGUUUUGAGAAUUUUUAGUGUUAUGUUUAAGAAUACAUUUCAAAGCGGCUUCUUGUCCAUAUUGUACAGCAUUGGAAGCCAACCUCUACAAAUAUGGGAUAAAAAGGUGAGAAAUGGACAUAUAAAGCGUAUUACGGACAUCGACAUCCAGUCGUUAGUGCUCGAGGUGGAAGGAACCAAUGUCAGCACGACCUACAUCACAUGUCCUGCAGAUCCGAAGAAAACCCUGGGCAUCAAACUCCCCUUCCUGGUCAUGAUCAUCAAGAAUCUGAAGAAAUAUUUCACAUUUGAAGUUCAGGUAUUGGAUGAUAAAAAUGUGCGGCGGAGAUUCAGAGCCAGUAACUACCAGAGCACCACACGGGUGAAGCCCUUCAUCUGCACCAUGCCCAUGCGGCUGGACGACGGCUGGAAUCAGAUCCAGUUCAACCUGUCCGACUUCACACGGAGAGCUUAUGGCACCAAUUACAUCGAGACGCUGCGAGUACAGAUCCACGCGAACUGUCGCAUAAGAAGAGUGUACUUUUCUGAUAGACUGUACUCUGAGGACGAGCUGCCGGCAGAGUUUAAACUCUAUUUGCCAGUACAAAACAAAGCAAAGCAAUAACGUGGCACGUCUGAACCCUUCCUUCAUUCCAAACCUCUGUUUUACCUGCAGUUUUUCCCCCUCACCAAAUUUACAGUCAUGUGACUUUGCCUUGUUUAUUUAUUUAUCCCCCCAACCCCCCCCCGUGUUGUAUGUUUUAUAUGCACAAUGUGAGCUGAGAAUUCAGCAUUCAGAGCAAAGAUAAUAAAAUAUUAUAUUACUGUA